AUGGGAUACUACCAGGUCAUGCAGAUUAUAUUGACCUUUCUUUGUGGAGUCCUGUUGGCCUGCCACAAUUUCCAACAGAACUUUGCUGCAGGGGUGCCAGAGCACCAUUGCUGGUUCCAGAACCAGACGGGUGCUGAGUCUCUCUCUCUGGGAGAUGAUAGGAAUGGGGACCUGCUGAAAGUGUCUAUUCCCAUGGACAAGGAAGGGAAGCCAGAAAGAUGCCUCAGGUUCACUGAACCUCAGUGGCAUCUUCUGAAUCACAAUGCCACAGAGGAGCUGAAGCUGGAAACUGAGGGCUGCCUGGAUGGAUGGGUCUAUGACCAGAAUGUUUUCCUUUCUUCCAUUGUUAUUGAGUGGAAUCUUGUGUGUGAACGGAAGUCACUGAAAUCACUAAUUCAGACAAUAUUCAUGGGAGGACAGCAAGCAGGAAGUAUUGUUUUUGGCAUGCUCUCUGACAGGUUUGGUCGAAGGACGAUGCUGUUGUGGUCCUCUCUGAUGGCCACCACUGUUGGUAUCUUUGCAGCCUUUGCACCCACCUUUGCUGCUUAUGCCACAUUGAUUUUCCUCAAUGGAGCCUCUUUAGCAGGAAUCACUCUCACCUGCCUCUGCCUAACCUUGGAGUGGACACCUCUCAAGACGCGGAUGAUGGUGCACACUUGUAAUAGCUAUGCCUUCUCUGUUGGACAGAUGGUGCUGUCUGGGUGGGCCUACCUGGUCCGAGAAUGGAACUGGUUGCAAUUUUCCACUUCAGUCCCAUUUGGGAUCAUUCUUCUUUAUAGCCUGUAUGUAAGCAGGACAGAGAGACAAUUGGUUAACAGGGUUCUCCAAGAAUCUGCUUGCUGGCUAAUCAUCCAUAACAAACUUCAUGUGGCUGUGAAGACUCUUCAGAGGGUGGCUCGGAUAAAUGGGAAGAAGGAGCAGGGGAGAACACUUAAUCCAGAAGUGGUGAUGUCUUACAUUCAAGAGGACCUUGCAGUUGUGAAAACUUCCCCUUUUCUCACAGACCUUGUUCGGACCCCAGGAAUACGCAUGACUACAUUCUGUAUCAUGCUUGAGUGGUUUGCUUGUGGCUUCUCCUUUUAUGGACUGGGUUUGGACUUGCAGAAAUUUGGGUUCAGCAUUUACUGGAUCCAAACGAUAUUUGCACUUGUAGAUUUUCCAGGAAAACUGCUGGCGUCCAUUAGCAUGUCUUAUCUGGGACGCCGUAUCACCUUAAUUUUCUUAACACUUCUUCCUGGAACCAUGAUCAUCAUUAGCAUAUUUGUGCCUCAAGAUAUGUCUUUUUUUUGGAUGAUACUCAGCAUAAUUGGGAAAGGUGGCCUGGGAGGGGCCAUUUCCUGUCUCUACCUCUAUACACAAGAGCUCUACCCAACCGAAAUCAGACAGAUGGGCAUGAGCGCUGGUCUGUUCAGUAUACGCUUUGGCUCCCUGUUGGCUCCCAUUGUCUACAUCAUUGGCAACUACAUCCCUAUUCUGAAGCCCCUGUCGUUUGGGAUUGUACCUAUCCUUUCUGCAACUUCUGCCUACUUCUUGACUGAGACUCGUGACCUCUCACUUCCGGAGACCAUCCAGGAGGCAGAGAACAGGGUGAAGAAGUCAUGCUUUUUGAAAAGAAAUACCAGUAAAUAUGGACGAGACAGACCGGAUUUGAUCCUUCCUGACAUGACACAAAUUGAAAGCACAGUUUAA